AUGCAGUAUUUUCACGGAACUGCAAGUAAAAGAAGCACUAGGCGUAAGAACCACACAGGCGCUUUCCAGGUCUCCUGGUCGCUGGAAGAAUCGCCGCUGUUCUCUCUCUUACCUCCUGAAAUCCGCUCCAAAGUCUUUGCUUUUGUGCUGUCAGACUAUGAAGACACUAAUUCCCUAUACCACAUCGACACCUGCUAUUCGCGACCUUCGUAUUUCGCCCCUCGCAAGACUAGCACUGAGCUGCUGAGGACAUGCCGCGCCAUAUACCGAGAGACCUGGUUUCUCCCCUUUAUUCUCACGGAGCAGACGCACUGGAUUUCUGCCCCGGAUCGCGCGCCUCCCAACUACAAUAGCUGGAACAGCAUCACGAAACUCAAACGGCUGCUCCCUGAAAUCGCUCGGCAGUUGAACCAAGACAAAGUCGAAAUUGAAAGCCUUCAUGUUUUUGCGCAAAUGUAUCGUGUCGAGGAUGGCGGGUUGGCCCAGCUACUACACACCUCCGGUUUACAUCCUCGCCGGCUGACGCUGACAAUUCGCCACACGGACUGGUGGCUCUGGGAAAACGACGAGCCGCUGCGCUUCGAAGCGGAUUGGAUUAACAGAGUACAAACGGGGAUGUCACCUUCAAUGCAAGAGUUUCGACUUGAGCUCGAAUCGUUGGAACGCAAAAAGGAUCAGAUUGAUGCCAUUGCCCAGCAUAUAGCCGAGAAUUGGUUCUUCAAGAAACUUGACGGUAAUGUUCUAUACGCGGACGUGUCGGGCAAAUGUCACGAAGUAUCUCGAUGGACCGGUACGAGUACGUGGCAUAAUAAGCGAUGGACUCGCGACGAAAAUGCAGCUGGCCAGCUGGAUUAUUACAUCCUGACCAUCACCUUUAUCAACCAGUUUUGCCAGCCAAUCCUCUGCGUCUUACAGUCCUGUGCAUUACGAACUUUCACAAUCCAAUCAUAG